GUUAAAUGUUGAGAUACUUGUAUGUAUAUGGCUCUUUACUUUUUUCUUUACAAACCUUUGGUAUUGCAGGAUGUUGGUGCUACCUUGGUUAUCUGCCAGUGGGGUUUUGAUGAUGAGGCAAAUCACUUACUGAUGCAUAGAAACUUGCCUGCUGUUCGAUGGGUUGGUGGUGUUGAGUUAGAGCUGAUAGCCAUAGCCACUGGUGGGAGGAUUGUGCCAAGGUUUCAAGAGUUGACCCCAGAAAAACUAGGCAGAGCUGGUUUGGUUCGAGAAAAAGCAUUUGGUACUACUAAAGAUCGAAUGAUAUACAUUGAGCAUUGUGCAAAUUCAAGGGCUGUGACCAUAUUUAUACGUGGUGGUAACAAGAUGAUGAUAGAGGAAACAAAACGAAGUCUUCAUGAUGCUUUAUGUGUUGCUCGGAAUCUGAUUCGCAACAACUCCAUAGUAUAUGGUGGUGGAUCAUCUGAGAUUUCUUGCUCAAUUGCAGUGGAAGCGGCUGCUGAUAAAUACCCAGGAGUUGAGCAGUAUGCAAUCAGGGCUUUUGCAGAUGCUUUAGAUGCAAUUCCCAUGGCACUGGCUGAGAAUAGUGGUCUCCAACCCAUUGAAACUCUUUCUGCCGUUAAAUCUCAACAGAUUAAGGAAAACAACAACUGCUGUGGUAUUGAUUGCAAUGAUAUUGGAACAAAUGACAUGCGCGAGCAAAAUGUCUUUGAGACGUUGAUUGGGAAACAACAGCAGAUUCUUCUUGCAACUCAAGUUGUUAAAAUGAUUCUGAAGAUUGAUGAUGUUAUCUCAUCAUCUGAUUAUUAAAUUAUCCAGUAUUUUAUACAAAAUUUUGCUUGUUCUUAAAAAAUUGUCUACGCUACAUGGUUUGCUUGAACAUUGGGCAAUUUUAGUAUUUUACGUUCCUUUGGUGAAUUCCUUUUAGAGUGGCUUUGUAUUUGUAAUGAAUUGUUAUCUUUGAUGAACAUGUUUAAUCUUUAAUUAUGGUAGGAAUAUUGACCAUUAUGUUUUC